CAGUGCAUAUAUGUUCUCUCUCACUCAUGAAUACUUCUGUAUUACUUGUAGAUAUGUAUUCGGAAAUGUGUUCUCCUGUCAAGACCUCGUAUGAGAGGUUAUAAAUAAAUCAAUUUGUGAAUUUGAUUCAAUGAUGAUUUCGAAUCUCAAAAUUUGGCUUUCCUUGCUAGUGAGUUCAGGAACAUAAGCAUCUGUUGACAUAAAGAGCAUCUUAAGAUGUUAUUGCCAGACUACGAAUUAGGACCUAGGUUGAUGCUUGAACGUGUGGUUAUGUUUAUGUCUACAUGCCCCACUCUUCGUCAGGAAAACAUUACCUGAUUAUAUAUAAAUGUCUGCUGAGACAUACAUAUAGUGUACACAUUUGAUAUAUAAAUAGAUAUAUGUGCCAAUAUAUAACAGAAGCCUCUUUGGUUGAUACUCUUGAAUUAACUUGAUUGAACUUGGUUAUGCAGAAGCCUGACUAUCUGUUCUGGAUUGAGCGACUUGCAAUAAUGAUUUUGGAACUCGACUGUACUGACCAAACUCCAAACAGUUUGUUCAUAGCCAGGGGUCUCUUUUUUCUUACCAACAGUUGUUACAGUGUUGACUCCUAUACACCAGCAUUUAUGAAUAAGGGUCUCAUAUCUAAAGCUUACGCUCCUAAACUCAGAGAAGUUGAAAAGGGUUUAAAAGCAGAGAAAAAGAAAGCCAAAAUUGAGGAUGAGCCACAAAUAGGGAAGUUUGAAGUUCAUCAAGGAGAUCAUAACAAUUGGGAAAAGGAAUUGGUGGCUAAAUAUAGGUUUAUGGAUCAUAUAUCAGAGUCCACAUGUACCAAAAUUGAGGAUGAGUCGCCAAAACAAAAGUUGGAAGUUCAUCACCAAGAUGAAAAUAACAGUUGGGAAAAGGAAUUGGUGGCUAAAUAUGGGUGUAUGGAGCAUAUGUGAGAAUUCAAAUGUACCAAACCUAAGGACACUGCCAAGUAUGAAAAUGAAGAAGAACCAUCAAAAGAUGAAAGAUACCAUUGGGAAGAGGAAUUGGAUGGGUUUAUGGAGGAGCAUGUAUCGGGAUUCACGUGCAUCAAACCUAAGGAGACUAAGAAAUCUGAAAUUGAAGAAGAGGCACCAAUAGAAGAGAAUUACAGAUGGCCAAGGGAAGAGGAUUUGGAAGUUGUAGAAGCACUGAAAGAAGAAAACAACAAAUCAUUGGGUGAGGGCAACGCACGAUGUUACAAAUGGAAAUGGUCUGAUGAUAUGUCAUCAGAUCUUCCAAGUCCUUGGGAUUAUUUUGCUACAUAUAAAGACAUGGAUAAAGUUGAUGAUAACUGGGGAAAACAAUUGGUGAUGGCAGAUCAAAUUGAUACUGUCAAUGGCAAUGGUAGCAGUGAUCCGAUGGAGACCACAACAGCUGAAUAUGAAAGCAAUAAGGAACCACUUCUUCUUGAGGACACUGGAGAAGUUGAGAGACUGAGAGCUGAAAAUGAUAAUUUGAAGAGAGAAAAGGAAGCAUUGGAGAGCGAAAAGGAAGCAUUGGAGAGAGAAAAGGAAGCAUUAGAGGAUACAUUGAAGGCAGAGAUACUUAAACAUGAAGAUACUCUCCUCGAGUGGAAAAUGCACGAUCAGAAGCUUGAUGCAAUGCUUGUUGAAGCGAAGAUGAAGUCUCAAGCUUUAGUUGAGGAGUUAGAUUCUCACUCCAAGUUUGAGGAACAAAUGCUGGAAACGCUUAAAGCUUACAAAAAAGAUUGCAGAAAAUGGGAGCAAGACAAUAAAGACAUUGGUGCAAAAUUUGAAGCUGUAAUUUCAGCUAUUAGAAAAGAUCAGCAGACUUUGCUAACUGGUCAAGGACAUGUUUGCAAGUGCAAGGCAGAACGCAAGAAAUGGGAAAACGAGAAAAUCACACUCAAUGAACAGCUUGAGGCAGUGAAUUCUUGGUACGAGUUCUAUUUUGAAGUGGCAACGACAGCAAACUAUUGGAAUCAAUACUAUAUGCAAAGGGAAAAUUAUUACAGUAUUUGGUUGCGUUACUAUGAGGACAACAUCUACAGCCUUGUCAAAAGUAACAGUGACCUUGCUAAAAGGCUCGAGGUAGAAACUAGUUUGUCCACUAGUUAUCACAAUCAUGUUUUUGACUAUGAAGAGAGAUGCAGGGCGCUCGAGGAAGACAAGAACAAUCUCACUGCAAAGCUUUGUGCUGCCAAUGCCUCAUCUGAACUAUAUCGAAGCAUGUUACGUGACUUGGCCACUUAGAAUUUUCUAUUUUCUUUGCCUGAUGCAACUUUAUUCUCAGAAGCAGACAUGCUUAGGUUCUAUAGUGGUUUAGAUACUAUUGGACUAUUGUCUUUUAAUUAUAUCUUACUGUUAGCAGACUUUAUGCAUUGUGCAUCUUCUUAGAUGAACGGUAUAUACAGAGAC